AUGUCUCAGCAUGGAGAUGAGCGCGGCUCCAAUUCCCGCUCUGUGAGAGCAAAGGGGAAAGGAAGCAGCGCGGCGCGGUUCCCCGCCUUUGGGAGCAGCAGCCAGCAGGCUGCCAGAGAUCCCACGGCGCCUGGCAGCGCACAGAGGGACGCGAUGGGCACGGGCCGUCCUCACUGCCAUGCAAAAAACAGCGUCUUCUGGUUUUGGGGUGGGUGUGGGCUGACAGGACAGCGCUGCUCCUGGGGUCUGUGCAAUCACACUGGAUCUGUCGUUGCAGGGACGGAGCCUGCGCGUCCGUGGGAUGGUGCUGGGCACGGGGGGAAACGGAAAGCCUCCCCAGAUGCUGAUGCAAGCAGCCUUCCAGCAAAGCGCAGCCUUGCAGAAAGGCAAGGCAGAAGCACCGAGUGUGGCACAGCACCCAAGAGAGACAGAGGUGCUGAGUCCAACGGAAAGAUCGACCCGAAAGCGGUGCAGGAAGGGCUUUCUGGGAGAGCUUGUCUUCAGGCUGGGGGGCUUCCUACAUCAGCAGGUCCCAGCUCAGGGGGAAGACCUGCCCCUGCCGUGUGCCCCCGCUCUGUCUCCAAGUCCCUGGCUGCAGGUAAACGCAAGGGCCUGGAGGAAGAGCAGCAAACAUCAGCGCUGCUGCCUGCCUGCAAAAGAGCCAGACGUCAGAGCGGAGGCAGCGUGCCGGCUCCAGCAGCACAGCCUGGGCCUGCUGCAGCACGGAGCUCCAAGCUGCGAGCAAGAAGACGACGACAGAAAGAGAGGAGAAGGGAAUUGAAGAAGGCUUCCCUCAGAGCUGCAGCUGCACAUACAGAGGUGAGUCCUUGGCGAGCACAGACACGGCUCUUGUUGCCCUCAGUGCCUCUGUCUGACAGCCGUGAAAGAUGCUGUAAGGUCCUGAGGGCAGUGAUGUCACAGAAAUACACCCAGCUGUGUGUCUGAGGA